AUGACUACGACCGUCGGUUCAGCCUUCGCUCACGACCCUUCAGCUAGCGACGUGUACGACCCGGAUGACGUUUUGCCCCAGAAUAGUCCCUUGAUGAAAGCUUACCGCCCCAAACUUGAACCGUCGCCCUCACCCGAGGCUGUACCUCUUCCAAAAGUCAGUCUUUCUCCUCGUUCCGGUCGAAGCUCUUCUAAUCGUCGACAAAAGAUUCGCCCGAGCCUCGGCGAUGCCGUCUUGAUCCACUAUCUCGACGGUGGAAAGCGCCCGGAUAUAGUAGCCGAGGCAUGGGAGAACCCCAUCCAGCGUUGCAAUAACGACGACGACGACGACGACGCUCAAAGUAAGGGGGACACGGAAGAGACAGUCGAUGGGUCGGGGGACGAGGAGGAUAUUAGGAGCAACGAGAUGUCCCCCGUUCCCGGACUGCGUCAUACCAAACGCGCCGCCGAGGCAUCGAGGCCUAUAGAUCUGCAAGCUCUCGCGACAAAUGCCUUUGGCAUGUUGAAUGCGCAGACAGCGAGAACAGUUGAUGUAGACAGCCCGCAAAGUUCCGAUGACGACUCCAGAAUCCCGCAAAGAGAGGCGCAGGCUCAGGGUAUAAGAAUAGAUAAUUCGCGAGAGGAUGUUACAAUGAAGGAUGCAAACAGGCCUGUUCUUGCUGCACCUCCUAUAUCUCCUUACACUUCACAGGGUCCUCAGGAUAUAUAUUCUCCCCAGAAGUAUACGCCCGGCCAAGUCCUGAUGCAUCCGACGGUUAUGUCGCCUCCUGGUCCUAGUCUAAGUUCUCCUACCAGCCAUGGGGAAUUACCCCCGAUCCAGGAAAGUUCACCGAAAUCUGAUACGACUAACCACGAUCCGCUACCGUCCAUAAGGUCCACGCUGUUAGAUCAGUUAACGGGACAUACAAAGGAGUUACCGAUGCACAACAGGCCGCCUCAGUAUCCCCAUUCUCCCCCAGGAGGUCAACCCCGUAUCAGUGGAAUUCCCGGGAGUCACGCUUCGCCUCCGAUAUCUCCGAAUGAUAUGUAUCGCCAAGGUAUACCCCCUUCUCCAGCCCACACGAUUCCUCCGGCCAUGAGUCCAUCUUAUUACUACUCGAAUAACGGCAAUGCAAACCACCAUCGGCCAGGUGAUUACAGUAGUGGUAGUAAUACGGAUAACACGCCAAGCGUUGAGGCUUCAACACCGGCCACUUCGAUUACGGAACGGAUGAGCAUCGACAAUAUGACAAAUCCGCCAGUUGGGGCGUUCGUUUGCACGGUUUCAGGUUGCAAUGCGCCUCCAUUCCAGACGCAAUAUCUGCUCAAUUCUCAUGCGAAUGUACAUUCCUCUGCGCGUCCGCAUUACUGUUCCGUGAAGGGGUGCCCGCGAAGCGAAGGUGGGAAAGGCUUUAAGCGUAAGAACGAGAUGAUCCGUCAUGGACUUGUCCAUGAUUCGCCUGGGUACGUGUGUCCGUUCUGUCCAGAUCGGGAGCACAAGUACCCAAGGCCGGAUAAUCUACAAAGACAUGUACGGGUUCAUCAUGUCGAUAAAGAUAAGGAUGAUCCGAUGCUUCGCGACGUUCUUUCGCAACGCCCAGAUGGACCUAAUCGAGGGCGAAGACGUCGAGGCGGCCCGUGA